UAAGCAUCGUUUAAAGAUGGAUGGGAUAGAUACGUUAUUGGGAGAGCUGAGCUCAGUCAUCAUGACUAAAACAACAAAAGGAGGAAUGACGGAGCCGCAGAUAAUGAAAGAUUAUCAGGACCUCUGCGGAAAACGUGUAGAAUUUGCCAGAUUUGGUUAUCGAAGUCUUGGAGAUCUGCUGCACAAAUUUCCUCAGAAAUUUUCAUUUCAGAACACGCCUCAGGGUGUCAAAUGGUUUGGAAAGGUCACAGAAGAAAACCAGGAUAUUGUUCGAUCCAUGGCAUCUGAAAAGCACAAAAAAGGGCGUGUCAUGCCACCUCCGAAUCGAUUCCCACCAUCAUUCGGUUUUCGUGGACCAGCAGCGUUUGGUCGUGCUCCUACCCCUUUCGGAUCAAAUCAAUCACGUUUUCAUCACAGCUCAUCCGAUGGCUUUCUCCAAGAUCACAGCAAUACUCAGGGCGGCAGCGGCAGAAACUCCGCAUUGCGCAAAGUGGCGCCUGAUGACUUCAUAAAAACCCAGGACAUCCCAUCUAAGACAGGUUUUGGUAACAAGGCAUUCAAUUAUGCUCCACGUGAAUCCACUUCUCGAAGCAGCUCUCCGUGUGCCUCUGCUGAUAAGUCAGGCGACGAAAACGACAGAUCCACUGCAGGUGGUGGUCGUCCAGGUUCUGCUACAUCCGGACAUUAUGAUGAACCCGUCCAGUCAUUCCGGGAGAUGGUUGGCAAACAUGCAGUCACCCCAGAAUAUCCUCCGGGGUUAGGAGUGGGUGGUGCAAAUGAGGAAAAUAUUGACCCAUCAUUCGCGGGUCAUCCAGAAUCUUUCCACGACAUCGCAGCGAGUGGUGCUGAAACACCAGACUAUCCACCAGGAUUGGGAAUUGGCCAGUCAUCUGCCUCAGUCCGUACGAAAUCUAGUGAUAGAGAGCUUACUGAGACCCAACGUUGCAACUUGGAAGUGGCGCAAAAGGUUUAUGACUUACUAAGCCAAACUGAAGGUGGUUUGUCCGUGCAAGAAAUUGCCGAUAGAAUUGGUGACAAAUUACCGAAGCGUAAUAAUGACAUGAUUCCAACAGCUAAAGUUGGGACGGCAGUGCAUGCUCACUCGGAAACGUUCACUCUAAGCGCUACAAAUAAACGUGGUAUCGUCAAGAUACGUGACAAUGCUAAGCGGCCUGAUGUUGAAACGGUUGCUGGUGUGCCUUCCAUCCGAACCAUGGCGAACGAUUCAUCACGCUCAAUGGAGCAGAAUAGAAACAUUAUCUUCAAUCCGCCAAGAAGAGAGACAGAAGAGGAGGAAGCUUACAAUCGCGAGAGAAAUGGAUUUGGCUUUUCGUUCAGUCAAGAUUUAGGUGGUGCGCAAACUGCUCGCAACCCUCCUCCAGUUGGUGGGCACUCUGGAAGCAGUCGUUUCAGCACACCUUCACUCUUGGUACCUCGGCGACAACCUGCUGACAAUUACGAUCCAUACAGAAAAGCGGAACCCUACCGUUCACCUUCUCCUCGUGAGGCCUUUCGGCCGGUUCAUGAGUCCAGCUAUAGUGAAGAUGACGUUGGGCCAAGAAGAGACGAUGAUCGCCUACCUUAUGAGGAUUGGAAGAAUCAGUCCAGAGGCGAAAGUGCGCGAUGGAAUCCACCCAGAGAGUCGGUGAACGGAGGGUUCUCUCAAAGUUCCGGUAGCUUUGGUGAAGAACGUCAAAUGCGACGACUUGCCAUUCCGUUAGAGCCGAAGAAGUUUGAAUGCAAGCAUCAAUAUCUAACGAAUGCUUUCCCGGUCCCUCAAUUCGAGAACGUGAAGUUGACUCAUUUCAUUGCCUUGGACGAAUUCUAUUUGCGAAGUUGCAAAGAAGAAGGGCGUUAUCUUGAUAUGCUUGACCAACUCAGGGAGGCCUAUAAAGGAGCACUUGAUGACGCUGAACCUCAGCUUUGGAUGAAAGGUGAUGGCGCCGCUGUUCGGUACGAUCGCUGUUGGCAGAGAGCUGUCGUUCGCUCACCUGUGUCUAAUACGAGCGAAAAGAAUAUGGAAGUGUUCCUGGUCGAUGUCGGCAAGACGGUGAUGGUAUCUACCGAGCAAGCUGUACCACUUCACAGCUACUUCCAUACCUCACCAUUUGCUCUUUGUUGCACCAUUGGAAGCUUUGACAUCUCUUCAGGGCGACGAAAGGAAUUCCUUGACGAAUGCGAUCUGAUGGCAAAUUGUUUUGCAGAAGCAGAAGAAGGUGCACUCGAGAUGCAGAGCCUAAAACUUCUAUGGGAUGACAAGGAGAAGUUGAUGGUGCGCAUGAUCUACAGAGAUACUAGCCGCCCUCGCCCGGUAGACGUGGUCGUUCCCCAGCACUACGUUGAUCUAGAACUGAUUAGUGUUCGAUGAUCUGUUACUGCACUUUUUUUCUGUUUGCCCCUUGUCUGCCUAGUUUUGAAAAGUUGUGACAAGAAAUGCAUGAUUACGAGUUUAAGUGUUUCUAUGACCGGUGAUUUAUCCGUGGAUUCAGUUAGUUGCGCCAUCUGUGCCUUAUAUGAACUUUGACUGUGCCGUUAUCCUUACUUCCAAUGCGCUUGAACAUCUGUUUUGCCACUGGUUAUAAAUGUGGAUUUUGGACUAGACGUUUAUUAAUUAUUUGUUCUUUCGGUUGACACUAGUGUCCAACCUGUGAAGAGCGUUGGACUAUAAGCCUAUCAUGUUUUCCCUCCCAAGCUUUACUUCUCGUUACAUCCUCAUAUGGGUUACGCUGAAGAUUUCGGUGUUAUUGUUAUGAAUGACAGUAUUUUGUUGCGUUUGAUUCCGCGUGCAUCAUAAUCAGUUAAAUCCUUCAUUACUCGUUACCACCUGAUAUUACUGAAUUUAUUUGGCAG